GGAGAGGUAGUAGCUAGCGCACGCCCUUCGUCCGUCAAGCCCAGUAGCCCACACCUGCACCUCUAUGGCACUAUUAGCACCUCUAUCUAGUUCUUCUCUCUUCAGCCUCGGAUCCAGGCGAGCACCAUACCCCUGCAAAUAAUAAGGUUACCAGCUUGCAGGCAGCCACAGGCACGGUACUUCAGAGCAAUACACUAAUACUUCCUCUGCCAGGAUUCAGGCACAGUAUUGUAUUUGGAAUUAUUGAACAGUGUAUUUCUUGUACAAUUCGACUCAUAAGUUUUUUAAGAUUCAUCACAGGCUUCAACUACAACUUGGCUAGAGAAAUUUUAAAAGAAGGUAUGUAGCUGGUUUGUUUAAUUUAUUUAUCCUCCCAAAUAUGGUUACUGUCCAGACACAAAGAUGUGUUUUGUAGGAUAAAUAAAUUAAGGAAAUCUACUAUAUAUAUAUAACUUUCUUUGGAAUUUGUCUCGCAUAUGUUAUAGUUAAGCCGUGUGAUAAAUCUUAUGGAACUCAUGAGCUGAAUUAUAAGAUAUACCCUGUUUAAUAAUCCUAAAUACAGAACAGACGAUCAAACUGACAUGUAGCUACUGGCUGAAAGGGAACGAGUAGACAGAAUAAUGCUUGGAAGCUUUGCUGUCUCGCUUUUGAUGGUAGAGGCGAUACGCGCGCGUAUAUACAUAUAGGAUCCGUCGGAGAAUGUUGAAGACUUGAAGUCGCCCUACUUUUGGGGGCUAGAUUUUCUCUCUCUUUUUCUUUCUUUCUUUCUUUCUUUCUUUCUUUCUUUCUUUUUUUUGCAGAGAAGUGAUGCGGGUAUAGUUACUUCAAGAUAAAAGCGUCAAAGUAAUGUAAAUGAGCUAUGGGCUUUUGAGCAAGCAGGGAGCGAGGGCCACUGCCUGUGGUCUUGUUUCUUCAGGUAAAGAAAAACAGUUCUUCCUGAGUGAGGGGUAGCCAAGAUCGACGACUGGCGGCAGGUGUACAAGCCCACAACCACAAGUCGUCGUCCAGGCUCUCGACUCGAGGGAGAAGCAACUCCGAUCACUUGUUCAGAGUUGCAUGUCCCGUGAACUCAGGGCCAGAAGUCCAUGCAGUGGCAAAAGCAGAACGCGUGUUGGAAGUCCAAGCGCAAGCCCAUCCCGGGAAGCUGCCUGUCGGAUGUCGAUGAACGCGUGUUGGAAGUCCAAGCGCAGAACGCGUGUUGGAAGUCCAAGCGCAAGUCCAUGCAGUGGCAAAAGCAGAACGAGUCAAUGGUGAUCGAUGAGACGCCGCGUUGUGUUGUUCUUGCAGUCUUGCUCAUCGUGCUCGCCGUGUUUCACAACUUAUGCAUUUACAUAUUGUGCCGUCUCGUCACUCGAAACUGAAGCAAGCUAGAGUUCUCGAUCGUAUCGUAUUCCGAUCCAUCUUCCGAU